CGCUGACCCCCACCCCAGAGGUCGCAGUCACAGUAGCUCAGGAACAGCACAGGAUAAGGGACAUGGCAGGGGGACUAGAUCAUGCUGCAGAGUGGCCUUCUGGGAGUGUCCUGAUGCAGGGACCUGGUAACUGCCCUGGGCUGAGAAUACUGAAAGUUCCCUCCUCCCUGCUGCUGUGAGCCAGGCUGAGGAAACACUUUCAGUUUUGUUUUCUUGUGUUCGAGGAGCAGACUAUGGAGGCUGACUCCCAGGUGUGCAGCAACUGCAAAAGAGAUGUGGCCUCUGUCCACUUCACCCUCCACGAGGCCCACUGCCUGCGCUUCCUGGUCCUUUGCCCAGAAUGUGAGGAGCCCAUCCCUAAGUCAAAGAUGAAGGAGCACGCCGAAACUGUGCACCAGCAGACCAAGGAAAUCCAACAGCACCCUGCCAGGUGCAAGUUCUGUGAUCUGGCUGUGCACUUCGGCAAACUGGAUGCCCAUGCCCAGGGCUGUCCACACUGCAACCAGCCCAUCACACUCCGAAUGUUGGCCCAGCAUAAAAUUGUGUGUCUGAGGGCAAAGGCCAAGCAUGAGGAAGGGAAGAGAAAUGUAUCUCCUGAAAGGAAAACCCGUUGUGAUUACUGCAAACAAAUGAUUCCAGAAAAUAAAUAUGUCUCCCACAUGAAACAAUGCCCAGCCUCAAGGACUGUGAAAUAUCUUCAGAAUGGAAAGCCAAAAAUCCUUCCUCCAUCUCUUACAAGCCAGGUGGCUGGAAAUCAAACAUCCACAGUGAUGACAGAUGUUCGUCCAAAGACAAAAAUUAGAAACAGUUCAACAAAGCGAGAGACAAAGGACCAAAAUGUCCUCAUGGGUCUGCCUUUGAAGCCUGCACUCCAGCCGAGGGCAGCUCUUCCUACAGGAGAUGCCUAUGACAUCCUUCAGAGGUGCUGUCGGUGUGACAUCUUACUUCCCUUGCCCAUUCUCAAUCAGCACCAGGAGAAGUGCCUGAGGUUAGCUCAACGAGAGACAAACAAGUGAGGAGAGCCAGCUAGCUCUGGAGGAAAAAGGCCCUACGAUUCACAAGAGCUCCAGACCACACUGGCUUCCUGCUUCCUUUGGUGGUGGUCACAACUUUGUUUUCUUUACCAAUCUCCGUAAUUGAAUUUUUCCUUCAAUGUUUUACAGUUUCAUAUGUGUUUACAAUGUACUGUAAUCAUACUUAUCCCCACUGCCUUUCCUCAUCCUGAUCCCACUCCUGUAAACCCCCUUCGUCCUUCAUGUCUUCAGUCUAUGUGCACGUGCUAGCACACACACACACACACACACACACACACACACACACACACAGGUCUCAUGCUGGCAACCACAACUGACAUGUGCCCAUGGCCAUGCUAGAUCCAGGAGAGCAUUUCAUAGCAUUCUGCCCGGCCUCUAAUCCCUAUCACAGUCUUUCUGCCCAUCUUCAACAAUGUUCCCUGGGCCUUGAAGGGAUGAUGAUGUCUCAUUCUAGCUCAGGGCAGGUCACUCAUUGUCACUAUCAGCACUUUGGUGGUCUUUGUUUGAGAAGAGAGAUAAGCUUAAAUCACUGGUCUUCAGAAAAUGACCUUUAGACCUUUUCCUUCUUGAGAGCCAGACCCUGUUGGCCCAGGAGCCACAGAUGACCCAGAGAAAAGGCUUCCUGUUCUUCCACUCAACUCCUGACUAAACACUUAGGCUCAACUGCCCCAGUUGCCCAGGGGACCCCAGCUUUGUCCUGAGUCUCCUGUCCUCUCUCUCUCUCUUGGCCUUCCUCAUUGGUUUUCAGAGUAAGACAGGUUAGGAGUGAGGGGAGGAGAUACAGUAGGAGAAAGGAGGGAGGGAGGGGGGAAGGAAAAUGAGAAAAGAAGGGGGAGGGAAAAGGAAGGGCCUAGCAGGAUGAAUUAAAGUUCCAAAAAAGCAGCUACUACAAACUGAGCAUUCUACAAAGGCUGACUUAACUAGAACUUCAGGGACUGGGAGAGAUUAGCUCGUUGCAGGUCCAGCACCAAGUAUCUUGAGCUAUCUUAGCUCCUUAAAUAGUCACUUGUCAUCCACAUCUGUGUGUGUCCUAACAUGCUGUGACUCUUGGGGAAAGGUUUUGGGACAUGUAAGCAGAUUCCUACUGCUAAGGAAGUCAUCACACAGCAUCUGGGACCCAUAGCAAGGUCUCCCUGCUUUGCUAUAACCAGCUUACCUGAUGUAUCACCAAUAUUUAUAAAGCGACUUUCUUUAUUCUGUCACUAUAAAAACAUCACAAAAAUUAUUACCACGUUGGAACAUGGUUAUUUGGGGCAAACUGGAUCUGUAUUUCUGGGCCAUGAUCAUUCAUAUUUGGCUCCACAAUAAACUAUUUCUUCAUCUCCUUUGAA